AUGGAUAUCGACAUGAGCCGUCGCAACAAGGUCCCGCGGCCUUUGUCCGACUCGGAAAGAGCCCGCUUGGAUGAGUUUAUUGACUCCAUUCAUUACUCGGCGCGAUACUCUGACAGCGAGUACGAGUACCGCCACGUGCAGCUCCCCAAGGCCAUGCUUAAAGCCAUCCCCAAAGACUACCACGAUUCUUCCCACGGGACCCUGAAGCUGCUUUGGGAGGAGGAAUGGCGAGCACUCGGCAUCACUCAGAGCUUGGGCUGGGAACACUACGAAGUGCAUGAGCCGGAGCCGCACAUCCUGCUAUUCAAGUCGGUCUCUCUUGCCAACGAACCCACGGUUGUCCGUCGCUAA